GACAAACACACCCCAUGAAAUCGAACCCAACCCGCCCCACAUGAAUAAAUUGGAGAGAAAUAAUAAAAAAGAAAAAGAAAAGAAAAAGAUAAAACAGAGCAGUUCCUGAACACAAGAACAAUAAUCCGACAAAUCAUUUCAUCCCUUAGCAAAGAUCGAUCGCCAUAACCCAGAUCGAAUUAUCGAUACCCUUUGGUCGGAAAUGGCGGAAACCGUGUUCGGCCGGCUCUCCGACGACGUCGUCCUGAAGAUCUUCUCGAAGCUGGAGGAGGACCCCCGGAACUGGGCCCGCCUCGCCUGCGUCUGCACCAAGUUCUCCUCCCUCAUCCGCACCGUCUGCUGGAAGGCCAAGUGCUCCGCCACCAUCCCCUCCGUCGCCUCCGACCUCCUCGGCUCCUCCUCCCCCCCUUCCGCCUGGUCCUCCCUCUUCAAGCUCGCCGUCUGCUGCCCCGACCUUCUCCACGCCGGCGUCCUCCUCGAGCACUCCGACUUUGGCCUCGAGCGCGAGCUCGGCCCCGACGACGACUUCCCCCGCUCCUCCUCGUCCGCCGCCGGCAACGCUCAGGUUCAUGAGCGGAAUCCCGAGUCCUCGGCCGCCGUUGCUCCUGCCUCUUCUGGGUCCGAUUGCGCCUGGUCCCUCUUCGACGAUCUCUACUUCGACACCGUCUACAACGCUGCGGAGACAUCCCAGGAUGGCCACCAGAUCGAGGAAGCCCCCGACCGCGGGACCGUCCGGGCGGGGAGGGAAUCGUCUUCGUCCCCCUUCAAAAGGCGGAAAAUUUGCCGGUCCAUGAGGGCGCACUUGGCGUCCGGGGUCUGGAACCUCAGCCGCGAGCAGGGGAACAAGCUCCUCGCAAGCAGGUUCCGCGGCGACUGCCUCUACAUCUGCGAUUGGCCCGGGUGCGUCCACAUCGAGGAGAAGAGGAACUACAUGCUCUUUCGGGGAGUCUUCAAGAACUUCAAGCGCUCCCGGGUCUGGAGGACGAUCAACGACGGGAACCGGAACAAGCUUGACCUCAACUGCGCCUUCUGCUCGUGCAAGGAGACGUGGGACCUGCACUCUGCCUUUUGCCUGAGGCGAGGUCUCGGGUACCACGAUGAUGGGGAGCCCGUGGUUCGGGCUUAUGUCUGCGAGAACGGGCACGUCUCCGGGGCUUGGACUGAUUUGCCCCUCUACACUUGAAUGGGUGCCUCGUUGUUCUGGGGUUGGAGGUUGUUUGCUCCGGCAUCACAGGGAUGCAACACUCCGUGAAAUGAUCAUCAUCAUCAUCUUCCCUCAUUUCAACCUGGGAGUCAGAAUGGCCUGUAAAGGAUUCUUCAUAACGAAGGUGUGCUCCUCCUUUUCUG